ACGUCAUUUUCCCGCCCUGUCUACUGCCGUACCGUCUAAAUUGAAGUUGACUAAAAGUGUCUCAAGAGUUUGACUGUGGAAGCUUGACUCGCUGCCGUCAGUAUUCGACACCAAACGAUGCCUUCUACUCGGGACUGGAUAGACAACCCGCUAGAGGUGGUGGAGGGGAUGUUUGCGGCCUCUGCGAAUGACCCGAACUCAGGAUGGGAGGCGAAAGCUCUUGAGUUCUUCAAAGAAAAGCUGAAAGAGAAAGACUCUCACACCUUGGUUCCGUCAGUGAACGACAUCCCUCUUCACUAUCUGAAACCCAACAGCCUGGUCAGGUUCCGCUGUUUAAUUCAGGACAUGUUUGAUCCAGAGUUCUACAUGGGAGUGUACGAGACGGUCGAUCCUUCUACGGACACAAAGGUGCUGCGAUGUGGGAAGUACAAAGACGUGACGGAGUGUGGGGUGGAGUUGAACUCAAAUAACAUUGUGACUUCAGAGCGACAGACUUUUUACUGCGUGCCAGUCCCUGGAGAAAACCUCUGGGUCAAAGAAGGCUACGCCUGCUCCGCAGCAGGUCGAGUGCUGCCAUCCACCUCGUACGUCCCCAGCAGACAGAAGCGCAGCUAUGAGGAAGAUGAAGACAUGGACAGCAUGGACUCGCAGCCACAGAAACAAAGGGACCAAAUCACAGGAGGGCAGAGUCCAGCGGAACUCAACGGUGGUGGCGACAACAAGCGGCAGGAAACGGAAGCUCCGAGCAGCCAGGCGACAACAGGGUCGCACCUGGACCUGAACUUCCCGCUGCCAGGAGAGAAAGGCCCAUCCUGCUUAGUCAAAGUUUACGAGGACUGGGACAGCUUCAGGCUGAACGAGACGCUGGAGGUCUUCGGGAUCCUCUCGGUCAGUCCGGCCCUGAGCGCCCUGGCGGACGACAAGGACUCGUCCUCGUCCCUUCUGGACCCGGCAGACAGCAUGGAGACAGCAGAGGAGCAGAGAGUGCACUGUCCCCCGGCCUCGCUUGUCCCACGCCUGCACAUGCUCUACGCCAGGCCGGUGGCUCACAACAACCCUCUCCUGCCGUGUGCCGCUCUGGAGGACAACAGCGCCUUUUUGUCCUCCACCCUGAGCGAGAUGGCCUCCGUCAGAGAAGAACUCCUCGCAUACUUCACGCACGUUCUUCUUGGAGACGCUCUGGCGGCCGAGUAUCUCAUCCUCCACCUCAUUUCCAACGUCUACGCCAGGCGAGAUGUGCUUCCUCUGGGGAAAUUCACCCUCAACCUCAGCGGCUGUCCGACUGUUGGGUCGUACACGGAGCGUCUCUAUCAGAUCCUGCAGCAGCUCGUGCCUUCGUCCUUUUAUCUGGGGAUGAGUCUCCACAACAUGAACCAGAUGCGACUGGUGCCAAGAAAAGACUACGUAGCCAACCGUCUGGUGAGUGGAGCCCUGCAGCUGGCCAGGAACACCUCCCUGUUCCUGGACGAAACCAAACUGGAGCAGGGGCAGCUGGACCCCACAGGUGUCCGUAACGUCACGGCGCUGGGGAACCUGAUCUCCUGGCAGAAGGUGGACUACGACUUUAACUACCACCAGAUGGAAUUCCCCUGCAAUAUUAACGUGCUGAUCGCGUCCGAGGGCCGCUCGCUGUUGCCGUCGGACUGUCAGAUAAACAUCCACCCGCAAGUCGCCCCUGAACUGGUGUCCGAGUACCUGGGCAGCAUCCACAUGCACCCGCAGACGUCCUCGCAGCUGAACAAGUUCCGUCUCUACCUGAGCGUGGCUCGUCUUCUGGACUACAACAUCUCAGACGAGGUCACCAAGUCAGUGGAGGAUGAUUUCGUGGACAUGAGGAAGGACGACCCUCAGAGCAUCUCAGCAGAAGACCUCCACAGAAUGUUGGUGGUGGCUCGCUUGUUGUCCCUCAGUUCAGGACAGACCUCCCUGAGCAGAGACGGGUGGCAGAAGGCCAAGCACAUGGAGCUGCUCCGCAGCAGCAGGAUGGAGCAGCACAAGUCUGUGAACGGCAACGAGCCAUGAGGAGGGGAGACGUCUUCAACAUCAGCCAUCUGUGGAGUCAGUGUCAAUUCCAAGAGUCGGUGUCAUUUCCAAUCCUGACAUAAUUCUCGGUUUCUUGAGAGACGCCUUUUCAGGAAACAAAUGAGUUUCUAGUUUGGUUUCUUGCGGUUAAGUGAUGCGCAAGGGUUCCAGUGUUUAUAUGCUUUUUUUUCUAGCAAAAAUAAUAUGUAAAUAAAUGGGAGAUGUGUGGAAAACUUUGCCUUGUACUUCAACCAGCUGUGCUUGUAGUCAACACAAUACAGUGACUCAGUCUGGAAGCGAAAGAAUAAAUAGGAUACUUUAAUAUACAAGUCAAUCUCAGUACACAUCUGAAAGUCAGAGGAAAUGGAGUCAAGUGAGAUGAGACAGUGCAAAUCAUAUGGAAAGUCACAUGACAACAUGGUGCUGCUGCUGUGAAAGCACUUUGUGUACAGAGACUCAUCUGUUACUACCGUUAAAAACAGACCAAAACACUUCAGCAUCGUCUGUCUGGAAUGUUAAAGAUCAUUGAUCCAUUAAGACAGAAUUCCUCUGCGUGAGAACUUCUCCAGUGACCAAUCCUAAAUUAUAAAAAAAAAAAAAAAAAAAAAAAAAAACCUCAGCAAAAACCCAUAAAGCUUUUGGCAGCGCCGCACACGGUCAGCAGGUUCAACGGUCGACAAAGCAGCCCCUUUUUAAAAGUUAGAUUAAAUAAACACGUGGUGACACCACGGCAGAGAAACACAAAAAUGAAACUUAUCCUGGGACGGUUACCAUGACAACAGAACCUCACCUGGACUGUACAGUACCACUGUUCUUUACAGCACAUAAAUAUAUGGAGGUCAUACACCCUAAAAAAACACCGUCAUGAGGAGUGAAUCGUCCCAAAAUAAACUUACCCUGAACACGUUCAGCACUACGUAGAUGUAACAUGUAAAAAUGGAGUUUAAAAAGGUAGACUUUGCCAUAAAUACCUGAUAUAUAUAUAUGUAUGCAUGUAUAU